AACCAACUACGCCUAUUUUAUUUUAUCAUAAUUUUCCAAUUUUCAAUAUCCAAGUUGCGUAUUUCAUAUUCAUCAGGUAGUCAGUUUGUUGUUCAUGUGACGAUCUGUGGAAUCAGAUAAGUUCCUUUCUAAUUUCUGCGAAUUUGUUCCUAAAGCUCGAGAGAUAAUCAAAUGGAAACCAUAAAGCUACACCGUAUGACAGGAGUGGAGUGGAGUGGAGCAUGGAGGACAUCACUUCAAAGGCCAUAGAAGAACACGUCGGGGAGAACGACGGCAAAGAAGAGGAGUGUGACGCAGAGGCUUGGGAGAUGCUGAGUAAGUGUUUCCGAGAGGUCCAGACGGCUCUGGAUCAGAACCGAGCUCUGAUUCAACAGGUGAACGAGAAUCAACAGUCGAAGCUUCCAGAUAACCUCGCGAUGAACCCCGCUCUGAUUCGCGAGAUCAACGGAAAUAUCUCCAGAGUUGUUGGACUCUACUCCGAUCUCUCCGUGAAUUUCGCCGGCCUCGUUCGCCAUCGCAGGGCGGCGACGGCGACUGCGACGAUCAACAGAAGCAAAAAUACUACCAAUGAGAAGAGUGCGGAUUCCGAUUGGUCAAAAUUCAGACUGGUUGCUUGAAAAGCUGUGGGAUUGCCAUUUUCCUCACUGACAUGAUUUUGAGUACGUGGAGUAUUGCAGUCUUCAAGUGUCCGAAAUAGGCAAGGGGGGAAAUGGAGGCACAGAUUGGGCCAUCAAAGCUAACCAAUAACCGCCAAGAACAGUAAAACCGAUACCAGUGGUCCAGUGCCAAGUUGAUCAUCACCUAUGGGCUCCUCCCCAGUCGUCUUAUAUGAUCAUUAUGGUCGAGUAACAGCUUCACAAAUUCUAGUACUCCACACACACAACAUUGAAAAACAUUUAAAACAUUUUUUCUUUUUUGUGUGUCAGGAAUUCUUCACUAUUUUCCAUAAAGAAACAACUGUUCACCAAAUAUUCCACGUUACAGUUUGGUCA